AUGACAGACUGCAUCUCCAUCCACCCGGCCACCCUCCCCGACAUCCCCACCCUCGCGGCCAUCCGCACAGAAGCCGCGGAGAGCUCUCUUCUAACUCAUUUCCAAUUCAGCCCCUACCACAACAUCGCCGCAGAGAAAGAAUCCGAUGCCCUCGUCACACGACUGUCCAAACGCUUUACUGAUCCUGAUGGGCAGAAGUUCCACCUGAUCAAAGCCGUCGAUUCACGGAAUGAAGAAACGGUGGGAUGGGGUCUGGUGAAGUGGGAGGAUGGCAGCUGGGUAAAUGCCGGGGCACCGUCGAGUGCUCAGGCGGUCGCUCCUGAUGAGGAGGUAGGACCUACUAAUCCAGGAAGUUUUGGGCGAUACUGGUCGAGGCACGUGAUCGCCAAAUGGCGAGAAAUCACGGGCGGCAAGCCCCAUGUCACCAUUGGGGCUAUGAACGUCAAGAUUGCGUGGCAAGGGCAAGGAAUCGGAAGGAUGAUGGUGGAUUAUAUGUACCGUGAGUACGGGCUAAAGAACAACAUGGUGAUCGUGCAAACCACCGCUUCGGCCGAGAAAUUCUACCAGAAGAUGGGCUGGGAGACCGUGGAUAGCACUGAUAUUGAUCUCAGUGACUGGGCAGGAAAGGGAAUGGGAUAUGGGCUGUUGAGAUGUCCGCAGAUGGUCAAGUAUUCCUGGGGAAAUUGA